CCUAAAAACAAAACAAAACAAAACAAAACAAAAAGAAUGUAUAUGUAUCAUGUAUUCACUAUAAAGUUUAUGUGUAUUAUUUUGAUAUACAUAUUGAUAUAAUAUUGAUAUAUGUGGAUAUCAUCUGGUACUGUCUUGUACUGGUUUUAUUUUGUACAAACUUUGUCUUCAAUUGCUUGCGGCCAACUUCAGUGCCCAAAAUAACUUGGGUGUUGGGAGCGCCAGCCGCGUGGCACAGUGUAGAGCGCGUUGUGAGACGGAGGAGGAGCCGAUGAGGAAACCGAAACCGAGGGCCGUUCCUUCUCCUUGGGAGCCUUACGCACGGGUCGCAGAGACCGUGCUCAUUCGCGAAAGAAAGCUUUAAUGACGUUGACAGAAUGGUAUCUGGGAGCGGGUCCAAAGCCUGCCACAUAACUUCGGCCCGGACAAGUCACUGCAAAUCUUUAUGCUUUGCUUUGCCCCCCAUCUGCAGAAAAGGUAACGGUGCCUCCCGUUUUGCUAGAGGGCUCUCGGGUCCUGGGGAUAUAGUGAAAUAGGAGCUGUCAUAGUGCAGUCCUGCAUCACGGGUCUCAACGUGUCAGGAGAGCGUGCAGGUGCUACGAACGGGUAGAACACACUCAGUACGUGAUAAUGUUCACGGGAAUGUCGGUGUGAGGAAGGGUCCCACUGACUCACUCGGAAGGGAGCCCCUCUUGGAAGGGAGCCCCGGGGACGGGCUGCUCUCACUCUUGGCUCCUUUCUCCUCCCUCAGCUCCACCUGUUCCCCAGGUGCCUGCUCUUCCCCACGAGGGAAGCCCAGGAGACCAGGCAGCUGCGCUCUUGACAGCCAGGUACCAGUGGACCUCACGUUGGGAACCGAUCAUCGUCAGAGACCUGGACCUCACCCAGCCAGCCCCCUUUCCGCCUCCCCGGUACCAGCGGCAGGCACUGUUGCUUUAUCCCUGGUGCUGUCCUGGGCGGAUAGGAGAUGCGAAAGGGUGGUGGAACCGAGUCCCUGGAUUCGCCUCUGUUCUCCCUCCUCUCCAGUGUCACCCCCACUGUGCCAUCUCCUUCACUGUCUGGCCAUGAUGCUCUAGUGGCCUCCUUCCCCAGAGCAGCCAGGCUGUGUUAUUUCAGGAGUUUGUGACAUUCGAGGAUGUGGCUGUGCACCUUACUCGAGAGGAAUGGGGAUGCCUGGACCCCGUUCAGAGGGAUCUCUACCGAGAAGUGAUGUUAGAGAAUUAUGGGAACCUGGUCUCACUGGGAUUUCCACUUGCCAAGCCUGAUGGGAUCUCCCAGCUGGAACAAGAUCUACAGGUCUUUGAUCUGGAAACUGAGCAUAGAGACGUCUUAAGAGAUGACUGCUCAGAUGGAGAGACCAGAGAAGAGAGCGAGCGGUUGGUUCCUAAGCAGAAAAUGCCAGAAGAAGUACACUCCUACAGAGUGAGAGUAGGAAGACUCAAAAAGGAUAUCGCCCAAGUUCCGGAGGCUAGAGACGUGUAUAAGCCUGAGGACAGACUAGAAAGGCUUCAGGAAAUCCUAAGGAAAUUUCUCUUCCUGGAGAGAGAGUUUAGGCAAAUAACCAUCAGUAAGAAAACCUUCACCAGCGAGAAGAACAGCGAAUGUCACGAGCCCGAAAAGAGCUUCCGUCUGGACUCUGCUCUUGACGCAGAUCAGCGAGUGCUCAGAACACAGAAUGUGCACGACCCGGACCCGUGUGACACGAGCCUCCCCCGGAACUCGGCCGGUACACGCGAGCAGGUGCAUCUGGCACGGGAUGUCCAGGGCGGUGAGUGUGAGGAAAGCCUAAUGGGACUCGCUCCCCUCGGUAAGUGCGAGAGCCUUCCCCCCCCGGAGAAGUCCUAUAAAUGUGAUGCCUGCGAGAAAACCUUCCAUCAGAGCUCAGCCCUCUCGCGACAUCAGAGAAUCCACACUAGAGAGAAACCUUACAAAUGUAGAGAAUGCGAAAAGUCCUUCAGUCAGAGCUCAAGCCUUAGUCGACAUAAAAGAAUACACAGCAGAGAAAAGCCUUAUACGUGCGACGCCUCUGAUAAGUCCUGUGACGCGUCGGAGACGUCGUGCAGUCAGAGCUCGGACUUGAUCCAGCACAAGAGGGGCCACGCUCGAGCCAAGUCUUACAAAUGCGGCGGCUGUGAACGAGUCUUCAGCCGCAGCGUACACCUCACUCAGCACCAGCGAGUCCACCGAGGGGUGCCCUGUACGUGCGCCGUGUGUGGCGGCGACUUCUGUCAUACCUCAUACCUGGCCGAGCCCCCCCAGAAGGCCCACGGUGAAGAGGACGCCUACGCCUACCGGGAACGCGGCUUGAGCUUUCUCAAGCCGCAGGGACUUGACCUCAGAGAGAAGCCGCGUGCGUGUGAUGACUGCGGGAAAGACUUCAGGUUGCACUCCCACCUCCUGCAGCAUCGAAGGCUUCACGCCGGCCAGAAACCGCACGAAUGUGACGAAUGUGGAAAAGCUUUCAGUCAAACCGCCCGCCUUACUCAGCCUCACGCCGUUCACAGGAAGGAGCCGGCCUACGAGGGCAAUGAUUUGGGGGACCGUUUCAGGCACAGCUCCGAUCUUGUCCUGCAGCAGGAGGUCCUCGCCAGAGACGACGCCUUCGACGGUGACGCGUGGGACAGCGGCCUCCGCCAGAGGACGCCCCUUGGGCACCGCCAAGGGAUUUAUGCCAAAGAGAAACCGUACGAGCGCAGCGAACGUGGGGAGCUGUUCGGUCAAGUGCAGGCCUCGUUCAACAUCUGAGCGUUCCUGCCGGGGAGGAGUCACACGGGUGCCGGCUCGCCCUUCAUUCAGCACCGGGGAGGUCCCGUCGGGGCGAACCCCUCUGAAUGUGACACGGGGGGAGAGCUGCCGGUCGGUGUUAACCUCUUGGCACCUGCAGACCCGUACCAAUGAGAAAACCUCCAAACAUAUCGAAUGUGGUAGAUGCUUCUUGCUAUUUUCAUAGCGCAGUCGCCGUUGGAGAAGUCAUACUUGAAUAAAAGUCCAUCGCUGUAAUGAAUGUGAAAGAGCCUUCAGUCAGAGAAACUGCCUUGCUGAGCAUCGAGUUCGUCUCAUGCAGGACGCCUGCGACCAUGGCACCUGCGUGCGUGUGGGAAGGUGCAGCCACAGCCCAGCCCUCAUUCAGCAGCGGAGCGUCUGUGCCCGAGAGACGUCGUGUGGGGAGAGUAAAGGGGACCCGCCUUUCGAGAGCAGUUGCAGUCUUUCCAUCAGCAGAACGCCCACGCCAGACCAGCGUCUGAUACCAUGCCCGUGGAAACGUCCAGCACCGUGUUUCAGCCUUUGUUCGCUGUUAGAAUAUUGAGGGGAAAAUGAUUCUUCUUGUGUGAAGUGGUUGCUCCGUAGUCCCAGUCUUUUUCGUUGCGGAAGCAGCGUAUCUGAGGAGUGGCUGGGUGCUGGCAGUUUUCUCAUGGCAGAGGCUUUGGUUUCAUAGGUGUUAUAAAUAGGUACGUGUACUUUAUUUGUGGAACUCGUUUAAGCUGUUUUUAUUUUAAUGUGGCCUAUAAACAUGUUCAUUUUCCCCGAAAUUGGUUCGUAUUGUUCACAGCUUCUCUAAGGUACAUUAUUAUUAAUACACCGAUGUUAAAACAUACCAACCUUUGGGAAGUUUCUCAUUUAGCUUUUUCUGCUGUUCUCAGCCAAAGUUCUCUCCCAAGCAGACUCUUAGGCCUGCUCUCUUCUUAGGACCCUGUUCCUUUCCAGUCACAGCACCUGGGUUCCUCUUGCCUUCUCCCUUCUCUUGAGCACUUUCAGUGAUGGUUCCCUAGUUCUAAGCUUUGCCCUGGCAGGUACGCCAUCCCUACCUACUGUUUUAAUGUCUUCUUGCCGAAUGCAAAGCAUUUUCCCUUAAAGGAACUGGAUUUACACAUAUCGUCCAACCAUGAACGUGAAGGAUUCUGUUUCCCCUGAGUUUGUGGCAGGCAACUAAACAUUUUCGAGGGACGCCCAAGUUCUUAGCUCUAUUAGUCGUCACCGCCCUCUAAAAGAAAUGAAAAAGACACGAGGAAGCCAGCAAGACUGGUGGUGGCUUAGCUGUAUUCAGUGCCUAGUCUGUACGCCUAAGUUCAGGAUUAUUUUAUAUGUGUCCGUUGGCGGCCAGCAGAAUGCUCAGGUCUGCUUUCGAUAGAGCAGGACACGACGAACACAUCCUGAGAGACCGGAGAGCUUGGGGAAGGAGCGCCGCCUUCCAUCACAGGUUCUGCUGCUCUUGUGUGAUCUCUCUGGAGCGUGUUCCAGAGAUGGCAGAUACGCCUGGAGAAGGAGCCUGUUACACUCGCUUCACUCUCCCUUGGAUUCCGACACUCAGUUUCCCCUUAUCAGUCCGGGAUGAUAUUUGAAGUAUGGGGGCUUUGUGUAUCAUUGUUUAUAUAUGUCACCGUAUUUUUUGUAUUUUACGCGCGUCUACAGGCCACAUAAAAGAACAUGAUGUCUUUGAAUGAUGCAGUGAUCACAGAUGUUGGCUCCAGAGUUCAGGGUCACGGUCAUAACUCCUAGCGAGAGUUCAUGGUUCUUUAGAUGACGUCAAGGCCUUGUAUUCUAUUUUCCCAUCUUAAGGGUCAUAACAUUUUGUGAAUAAGACAAGUGUUAUUUAAAAUUCUAGUCGUCGUUCCAGCAGUUGAGGCUUUCAUAGUUCAUGUUUGAAAUAUUCACCAGGGAGCCUCAACAAAUAUAUAAAGGUUCAUUGCUUACUCCGUAAGCCUCUUAUGGCUAUAACCUCUAGGAUACUUCUACCACUGUAUUUUACCUCUUAGCCAUCAGCAAGCAUAGGAUCUCAUCAGGGCAAGGUAGGGACCUAAAUGAAUUGAUCUAAAUGUAAAAGCCAAUGAAAAAUGCAUGUUUUUUUUUUUUUUUCCUGUCUAUGAACAUGUAUACCUUUAUGAAUAGAGAUCAGUAGUCACCUCUGGCGGUUAUAAGACAGAGGAUUAAGUAGCAGAAAAUGUAAAAAUCACAUGUAUGCAUUUGGUUUAGGAAUGUGCUUUUGUACUUCCACUUGAAUAAAGGUGUGUUUGAUACUCUGA